GCCCUCGCCCCCGGGCUCGCCCUUGGCCCCCGGCGGCCGCGAAAGGGUGCGGGAGACGCGGAGCCGGAGGAGGAGGCGCAGCCGCUGCCCGAGCCGCAGCCGCAGCCGGAGCCGGAGCCCGAGCCGCGGGGCGGGCGCGAAGAUGCACACGACCCAGAAGGACACGACGUACACCAAGAUCUUCGUCGGGGGUCUGCCCUACCACACCACCGACGCCAGCCUGCGCAAGUACUUCGAGGUCUUCGGCGAGAUCGAGGAGGCGGUGGUCAUCACCGACCGGCAGACGGGCAAGUCCCGGGGCUACGGAUUUGUCACCAUGGCUGACCGAGCUGCUGCCGAGAGAGCCUGCAAGGAUCCGAACCCCAUCAUUGAUGGCAGGAAGGCCAAUGUGAAUCUGGCAUACUUGGGAGCAAAACCAAGGAUCAUGCAACCAGGACUUGAAAUGUACCUAUGUGCAAAAGUAGAUCUUGGGGGUCUGGACAAUUUGUACCCACCCAGACUUAGGCUUGACUCAUCUGUUUCAGGUUUUGCCUUCGGUGUUCAACAGCUUCAUCCAGCCCUUAUACAAAGACCUUUUGGGAUCCCCGCCCACUACGUGUACCCGCAGGCGUUCGUGCAGCCCGGCGUGGUCAUCCCGCACGUGCAGCCCACGGCCGCCGCCGCCUCCACCACCCCCUACAUCGACUACACGGGCGCCGCCUACGCCCAGUACUCGGCGGCCGCCGCCGCCGCCGCCGCCGCCGCCGCCUACGACCAGUACCCGUACGCGGCCUCGCCGGCCGCCGCCGGCUACGUCACCGCGGGGGGCUACGGCUACGCCGUGCAGCAGCCAAUCACCCGCCGCCCCCGGGACACAAAGGGGACCAAUGAGGCAUCCCCUUGUUGGCUAAAUGCAAUGUGUAAUAGCAAUGACUUUCAUCUCGUCUGUAUUUGGAGCUCCCGGAAGCCGCCGGCGACUCUCCCCUGGAGCAGCGUGACUGACACCGGCUCCGACUCGAGGGGGAGGAGGGAGCGGGAGGAGGGUGCGAGUGGCCGGACUCGGAUUUGCGGCGCCGGGGACCGGACCCCGGGCUCCCCAGCAGGUAAGCGGGCGCUGCNUUCCCCGCUGCGGGCGCCCCGGGCCGGCGCGGGGAAGCGGGCGGCGCGCAGGAGCCGGCCGGGGCCUAGCCUCCCCGCGCUGCCGCCCCAGGCCCGUCUUAACUUUGGGGGUUCUCGCCCGCCGGGCUCCAAGCCUCCCCACCCCACGGGGCUGCGUAGCGGGGGGAGAGGGGGAGGGCUGCGACUGGGCCGGAUCCGACCACAGCACCUCGCUUGGAAAGUGCUGGAAAGAAACGGACCUGGCUUCUCUGCAGAACCUGACUAG